AUGAAUAGGCUUGCCAAACUUCAGAUCAGUGAAGACUCGAAAAUCGUUAUUACUCCCAUCAUUACAAUUUUAAGAAUUAUAUUAGAGCCUACACUAUUCUAUCUGUUUUCUUCACAAAGGCAGCAACAGUUUCUAAUAGAGUAUCAAUUUGCUUUCCAAUGUUUAUUAUACGCAACUGAGUUUCUCAAUCUUUUUGAUCGAUACAGUCACAAAUUUGCGAACUUCAAUAUAACUGGAAAAUUUCCAUUCCUUCUAAGCAUAUACAUCCUAUUUUGAACUAUUUUUUAUAAAGCUCUAAUUGAAGAUGUUUUGUUGCUUGGUGCCACUUUGCCUAUAUACAUAUUGGUUUUAGCAUAUGCAGUCUUUUUACUUUCUUUAGUAGGGUUCUUUUUAAAAGAACUCUUCGAAACAGAAAAGUUUUCAUUUCAUGUUUAUGCUUUAUUUGUACUCAUCCUCAUUAUGAAAGAAGUUUAUCAUAAUUCAUGGCUUAUACUUAGCGCUAUUUUUUAUUUUUCAUUUUGGCUUGGUACAUACGCUACUGUCAUCACAGGUGCUAUUGGCGCAGGAGCUCAAUUUUUAAAAAUAUUUUAUGCACAAUUUUCAAGUACUCAUGAUUUUAUAAAAGCUUCAAAAGUGUUUAUUGAUGAUUGGUUGGCAUCUGACACAAAAGGUCUUGCAAAAUGUUAUAUAAAAACAUUUGAAAUGCUUUUAAAAAUGAAUGGAGUUAUUCAAAUAAAUUUUGACAAGGAUAUUUUUCUUAAAAAUACUUAUCUUAUAGAAUUAUAUUUAGAUUUGGCUGCUUUGUUGCUUCCCUUUAUAUUGGUUCUAAGAGAUGGAUUUUCGGAUUGCAGACGUAAUCAAUACAUUGUACUAAAUUCUUUUUCAAUGGUAUUUAUGGCAGAGAUGAUUUAUAAUUGCUUAGCAUUAAUAUUAGAGUUUUAA